AUGGGGCAGUCAUCAACAGAUUUGUCUGCUGCUGCUGCAAAGUUGUUUAUUACUUCUGAAGGAUUUUCUAUUUUGGAUGCACUGAAAAUUAUCACCCGUUCAUUAUAUAAUUGCAGAGUUUUUGGUUUCUAUGGUGGAAUUAGAAAACUUACAGCCUUAAUGAAAGGGGCUGUGGUCCAACUUAAAACCAUAAGUCUUGCCAUUUCUGCUGAUGCAAGUUUGUCUGACUCCGCCGUUGAGAAAAUCAAGCUGCUCCAACAAAUUCUAACAUAUGUUGUAUCAAUAAUUUAUAUUUUCAUUGAUUUAGGUUCAAAUAUAGAGAAAAAGGAUGAGUUAUUCUGCAGUCUUGUAGGCUUUACUUCAAAUGCUGAUGCUCCAAUCAUCUCUUCAAAUAGUUCAAAGGUUUUGUCUACUGAAGCAAGGUUACAUUGGCGGCAGAAAGCAAUUGUUUCUGUGAUGGAAGCUGGCGGCCUAAAUUGGUUAGUAGGUAAGGUAAAUAUGGAUCCAUUAAAGAAUCAUUUCAGAAGUAUUGGGGGGUUGGAAGUGCUACUGGAUGGUCUUGGAUUUCCAUCAAAUUAUGGAAAAACUUACAGUAAUCUUGUAUUGGCUGAUGGAUUCAGGGUGCAUAAAUUUGCAAAUAGUUUUUGUUCACCGGCUUUUCUGCUUCAAGAUUGGGGAAAGGAGAAGGCUUUUAUUGGACAACAGGCUGUUGGUUUGCCUGGACUUGACAUUCAAGAAAAUGUUAAUUAUGUGAAACCUGAUGCAGUGGUGCUUUCUUCAGGCCUUCCAUCUCGUGCUUCUUUUUCUGAAUUUUGGAAUCAUUAUGUUGUUAUAUUGAGCAGAGGUCUCUGUUCAUUUUUAUUAGUUCCUGAGGGUUCAAAAUCUCUUAAUGUCCAAGCAUCCUCUGGUGGACUUGCAUUGCCUGUUUCCUCUGCAUAUUACGAACUGAUCUUUGUUUCAGCUCUACAGAACACAGUUCUUAAUGCAUUUAGAAACCUUCUUUCAUCUUCUCCCAUGUCAAUUGAAAUUUUUCAUGAAGAGGGAAUAUGGGAUCUUAUAUUUUCAGAAAAUUUCUUUUACUUCGAAUCAGGUUCAGAUGAAUCUGCUGGAAAGAUAUUUGCAUACAAUGAGAAGUCUGAAAUAUUGUCUGGUUCAAGGAGCUCUGUUAAUAGAACAGAAGUUAAUGGGGUUAAUACUCUACAGAUGGAAGUAAUUUCAUUCGUUGAAUUUGCUGCAACAUGUGAUGGAAACACACAGAACAUGAAGGAAUUGUCUUCUUUGCUGGAUGCGCUUGAGCAUUCUGCUUGUAAUCCUGAAAUUGCAUGUGUUCUAGUGAGGAGUUUGGUUCGCAUCUUGGAGCUUUCCCCUGAGAAAACAAUUGCUUCGUGUAAGACGUUGAGUGCAGUUUCUCGUGUUUUACAAGUUGCCUGUGUUCAAGCACAAGAGUAUAGAAGACCAGGAAGCAUGGAGCCCUCCAAUGAGAAAAGUGGCGUGGAAGCACUGGUAUCAUUGCAAGAUCAACAUACAAGCAAUUUACCUGAGACUAUUCAAAGUUGCUAUAAUUGCAUGAAAGUGUGCAUAGAGUUCUUUGCCUUGUUUCAAGCAGCUGCUAAAGAUUCUCGGUUGAUAUUGCAUAGUUUUACAUGCAUUGAUUGUCUGUUUGACUUAUUUUGGGUGGAAGGUUUGAGAGAUGAUGUGCUUAGACAUAUACUCGAUCUCAUGAAGACUCUAUUUCGGGAUGGGGAAUGCUUUUUGCAUGUUGUAUCAUUACUGAACAGCAACCUUGAAGGGGCAAACGGGGAGAAAUUGGUUCUGAAUGUACUCCAAACACUUACUUGUCUGCUUGCAAGUAAUGAUACCUCGAAGGUGGCAUUUAGAGCUCUAGCUGGAAAGGGCUACCAGACUCUGCAGAGUCUGCUGUUGGAUUUUUGCCAGUUUCAUUCAAGUGAAAGCCUUUUAGAUGCUUUGCUUGAUAUGCUUGUUGAUGGAAAAUUUGAUGUUAAAAUGAGUUCUAUGAUAAAGAAUGAAGAUGUAAUAAUACUGUAUCUGAUUGUACUGCAAAAGAGCAGUGAGUCAUUGCAGCAUCGUGGGCUAGACAUGUUUCAGCAACUGCUAAGAGAUUCCAUUUCUAAUAGAGCUUCUUGUGUCAGGGCAGGAAUGCUUGAUUUUCUUCUUAAUUGGUUUUCUCAAGAAGAUAAUGACGGUGUGAUCUUUCAGAUUGCACAGUUAAUUCAAGCCAUUGGUGGGCAUAGCAUAUCAGGAAAGGACAUCCGAAAAAUAUUUGCUUUACUCAGAAGUGAGAAAGUUGGGAUGAGGAGGCAAUACUGCUCUGUUUUGUUAACAAGUCUCUUGGCAAUGCUACAUGAGAAGGGGCCAACUGCCUUUUUUGAUCUUGAUGGAAUUGAUUCUUGA